AUGAUAUUCUUCUGGGACUUGAUCCAAACUGAAGGAGGCCACCCCCCUAAACUUCCUUUGUCACCAGCCCCUCCAUUGUCGCCACCCCCUGGACAUUAUCCAUCUCUGACCUCCCACACUCAGCCUACAGCUCUCGGGUCAACCAGUACUUCAGAUGACGACAAUCUGUCAAUUCCAGAAAUCACAGUUAGGCAAUUAAAAAGUGGAUCCAUGUUUCUGGUACCAGUCCAAAUCCAAGACCAGCACACAACUGCAGUGGUGGAUACGGCGGCUGAGGUUACCAUUAUUUCGGACACUUUUUACAAAACACUCUCACAGAAGCCUGAGAAGAAGCAGGACAUCAAGUUGAGAACUGCCGGCAGGGACUUACAUAUGUCCUCAUUUCAGAGGGUUGAGUUUCUCGGUCGCGUAGUUAGCCAAGAUGGCCUUGAGGCCAACAAUGAUGGCCUCAAAGUGGUACUUACCUGGCCCCACCCCACCUGUACCAAGGAUGUUGAAAGGUUCCUUGGCUUUGCCAACUACCACAGGAUGUUUAUCAGGGACUAUGCUUCUAUGGCAGUCCUGUUGUAUCGAAUAACGGGUAAGAAGGCAUUCCAAUGGAAUGAUGAGCAGGAGCAAUCUUUCUCGUCCUUGCGGCAUGCUCUAACCCAUACACCUGUGUUGGCAUUACCUACCAAGGAGGACCCUUUCAUCCUGGAUACAGAUGCUUCGGAUGAAGCCAUAGGAGCAGAACUGAUCCAAGUUCAAAAUGGAGAGGAGAGAGUAGUUUGUUUUGGCAGUUUUGGCCUGACCGCCGAGCAGAAACGAUACUGCACAACCAGAAAAGAACUAUUGGCAGUAAUCAGAUUUACAAGGCAGUUUCGACACUAUCUGCUGGGACGGCGUUUUACUGUUAGGACUGAUCACAGCAGUCUCCAAUGGCUGUUAAACUCCCGGAAUCCAAAUAGCCAAUUGGCCAGGUGCCUGGAAGAAUUGAGCCAAUAUGACUUGAUGGUGAAACAUCGCCCAGGAAAACUGCAUACCAAUGCGGACAGUCUAUCACGAAUUCCACAAGGAGGCCACUGCCACAACUACAGACCAGAAGUAAUGUUGAAAAGUUUGCCAUGUGGAGGAUGCAAAUAUUGCACUCGGGCUCAUGAAAAUUGGAGUAGGUUCUUCAGGGAUGUGGAUGACACCAUUCCUCUGGCGCAUGUUGGGCGGGAUUGCCUCUCCGAUGAUGACUCACCUGAUGAUUGUGGCCUGCCGGUCUCCUGUCUUGAAAUACAAUCCAUUGGGGAUUCGGGUUUCCAAAUGAACACCACCCCAGUGCCCGUAAGACUUGUUGUGACUGAUGACGGGCAGAAAGAACAAUUUGGGUAUUCAUCCGAGGAAAUAUGCAAUCAGCAGAGAUCUGAUCCAGACUUAACCAUUAUAAUGGAUUGGAUUCAAACUGCUGAGGAGCCGAGUGAAUCAAGUCUCUUCUUGGCCAGUCCCGCAGCUAAACACUAUUGGUUGAACCGAACUCUAUUUCAGAUUGACAAGCAGGGAUUGUUACGUGUUGAUCCUCUCAUAAAAGAAAAGACAACACGAGGCAUGGCAUCCCUGGUGGUCCCGAAAUCAUUACAGCAAGAAGUGCUAAGGUUGAAUCAUGAUGUCAUGGCUGCGGCACAUCUGGGAAUGGAAAAAACAAUCUAUAGAGUUAAAACCCGUUUCUACUGGCAUGGCAUGGUACAAGAUAUCAAGUUGUAUGUAAGCACAUGUUCAACAUGUAGCCGAAACAAAGGACCUGUACGACAUGCCCGGUCACCAAUGAUCAACUUUCAUGCAGGGGCACCCAUGGAAAGAGUUCAUCUUGAUUUCAUUGGCCCCUUGCCCAAAAGCAAGUUGGGUAAUCAAUACAUCUUGAUGAUGGUUGACCAAUUCACCAAAUGGGUGGAGUGCAUAGCUUUGCCUACCCAAACGGCUGAGGUGACAGCCAAAGCUGCCGUAGAUGUUUUUUUCUCUAGAUUUGGUUGCCCUUUCAAAGUAUUUACAGAUCAAGGAAGAAACUUCGAGAGCAAAUUGUUCACUGAACUUUGCACCCUACUACAGAUACAUAAAACCAGGACAACCCCAUAUCGUCCCUCUGCUAAUGGACAAGUGGAGCGAUUUAAUCGCACCCUCCUGCAAGCCAUUCGUUGCCACAUAGAUGCAAAUCAAUCCAGGUGGGAUGAAUUUUUACCACAACUGGCAGGAGCAUUGAGGUCUGCAGUUAAUCGGCAAACGGGAUAUACCGCCAACAUGCUGAUGCUUGGUAGGGAAAUCAAUCAACCUGCAGAGCUAGUCUUCAGCGCCACCCAGGAGGAAUCUCCAUCCUUGAACCCUGACACAUAUGUGCAUCAGCUAGCCUCAGCUCUUGGUGAGGUACAUCGCUUUGCCCGUAAUAAAUUGCAAACUACCCAGCUCCAAAUGAAGAGGGAUUACGAUUUGAGGAUUUUGUCCCCAAAGUUUGAAGAGGGAGAGAUGGUGUAUAUACUGGACACUGCCUCCAUACAAGGAAAGUGCAAGAAGUUGUCUCCAUCCUGGAAAGGACCCGGGAUAAUCACUACUAGGAUUUCCAAUACACUAUAUGAAGUCCGGACAAGGAAGACAACAUCAGUACAUCACCAUGAUCGCCUCAAGCCUUGUCGAGAUCGCGUAAUUCCAAGUUGGAUCCAGAGGUUAUCUAAGACAAAGAGUACUUCUGAUACUCAAGAGGAUCUCAACUUGGAGUGGCUCUUCAAGAAGCAAAGAAAUUAUUGUAUCUGUAAUAAACCCGAUGAUGGACGAUUAAUGAUAGGCUGUGACCGUUGUGACCAAUGGUUUCAUGGAGCCUGCGUUGGAAUCACCAAGAGAACAGCAAACGCUCUGGAUGAAUACAUUUGUCCUCACUGCACCACAGGAAAGGACAGAGUAUCCUAG